AUGUCGGAGAGGAAAGUGUUAAAUGUGAGUGGCAGGGGAAGGGGGCUGUGACGUCAGCGGUCAGUUCUGGGGUCUCCCUCCGGGGGUGGUGGUGAAGAUGAGAAGAUGAGGGGACCCCCAAGUGAGGCCGGGCUGGGGGGGGCUGGGAAGGGGAGGGGGGUCGAGGUCUGCCCCCCAGGACAGAGUCGGGCCCGACUGGACCUGGGGUCCCGUCCAACUCUGGGAUUCCAGUGGCCCCUUGGUUCUCAAACUCGAUCCCUUCCGGAAGUCCAUUCCAAAUCCAAAGCGUUCCAGAACCAAGGCGCGCUUUCCCCGCCCCUGUUCCCCUUCUCCCAUUGAUCCAUAAAAGGAAAGCAAUAACCAAUAUACAGUACAAUAAAUAAGACAGCAUUGUAUAUGAUAAAAAUGAAAAAAAAAUUCUUACCUGCACUGAUGACAGUCAUUGUUUGGAUGGGGGGCUUUUAUCCAUUUCCACAGUCACACAAUCAAUCAAUCAAUGAGGAGCUGAACUGGGUGCCACACAGUCACAAAAACAAAUGAACCGAAAAAGCCACAAAAACACAAAAUAAAUAGCAAAAACAAAAGCGCCAAACUUAAUCCAUUCCAGAAGUCCGUUUGACUUCCAAAAUGUUCAAAAACCAAGGCGCAGCUUCUGAUUGGCACGGGCGCCCCUGAAACAAUAGCCAGCAGCCGCAGCAGACGUUAGGCUUCCAAAAAACGUUCGAAAACCGGAACACUUCCCAAGGCAUUUGGGAACCAAGGUACCACUGCAGAUGGUUCUGUGUUAUUGGACAGAGAGACAAGCAGAUAAAAGGCUCCUGUGUGGCUGGAGGGAUGAAGAGGAGAGGUGGGGGGGGGGGGUUGGGAAACAGCGGGGCUGGCAAUCAGCUAAUGGGGAGGCCCUGGUUGGGGUGGGGGAGAGAAACCUACCUCGCAGGACUGGGGCACUUUGAUUGAUUGAUUGAUUGAUUGAUUGAUUUGAAUCUGGGUUGCUACUUCACUGGCUUUUCUGUGCUCAUAAACCCAAAUUCAAAGCUUAGGAUAGACCCUCUUUGAGACCCUGAUGAGCCAGCCAGACAAUGCCGGGUUAUUCAUUUGUAUUUUAUUUUAUUUAUAAAAUAUAUUCAACUUGACUGUAAGAACAAACAAGCCUCAAAGUGGUUUACAAACAACAAAGCAGUAAAACUGACAGAAAAAACCACAAAAAAUGUGCAAAAGUUAAAAUGUCCUUAUAGCAUUUACAUCUCAUUUCCCUAAGAGAUCUGGUUCUUCCAACCCCCAUCCUAUAUCAUUUAUUACUGCUUUUACAUCACUCCUUUCCUCCAAGGAGCUCAAGGUGGCAUACUGAUUUGCCCCCUCCCUCCCUCCCCAUGUUAUCCCCUGAGGAAGAUUAGGCUCUUGGCAUCAGCACUGUUACCAGCACGGAAAUGACCUCUCCUAGGAAAAAGUGUAGGCUGUGAGUCUGGAGGUCCUGGGCUGGGUCCAAAGGAGAGCAGAGCAAGACGCUUGGCUGCAGGAGUUGCUGGAAGGAGGAGUGCAAGGCACAAUCCACGUGUCUUAGGCACUUGUGAAUUUGUGUAGGGAUACUCCUGCGCCUUUUCUUCUCCUGAAGAUGCCCCACAAGGCAGCAGAAGUUUAGAACCAGGGUUUUCCUUCUCCCAGAUGGGCUCCCUUCCAGCAACUCCUGCAGCCCAGCUGGUGCCCAAUGUCUUGCUCUGCUUUCCUUUGGGCCACAUCAGCGAGGCUGAGAGGGGGUCUUGUCAUCUGGGCUGCCCAGGACCUCCAGACACACAGACCAGGCUUGUGCCCCGGGGAGAUCACCUGGGUGCUGCUGACGCAGCAAAAACAAUGCAGGAGGCAGCAGUUGCAAGUCAGCAGACUCUUCAGCCACAGCAGGCGCUGUGAUUCUCCCGCAGUUUGACUUCACCCCUGGAGGCACAAUCUAUGAUCUCUCAAGACAGACGGAUGUCAACACAUGUGACAUCAGGUGCGAGGCAGGUAGAGAGAUGGUUUUCAAUAUACAGCCAGGAACCUUGAAGUGCACUCCCAGUUGGCAAGGGAAAUCUGGCUUCCUCAACUCCCUUGCUCCUCCAACACCAGUGUUGGUGCUUUUGAAGACACCGCGUGGUCAACUGGUGAGCAGAUUUCUCAAGCAGACCCAAAAGGUUCACCACUCCUUGCUGCAAGAGAGAACAAAGAGCCCAAGUUCACUUUGUCACAGGAGCAAAUUUCAGCCAGUCUCUCCAGGGCUGGGAAAUUGGGAUAGACAAAUAAAUAAGGAGCUUGAAAAGCAAAUUGACCAGAGAAGCUUGCGGAAUAGAGAAUUGGCUGGCCCUGUCUCAUUUGGGAUGGAGGUUGUGCUAAGUUGCUUAGUAGGUUUUUUUGUGUUACUGGAAAACAGAUGUGGUUUUGUGACCACCAGCUCCUGGGCACUGCCAAAGUUUGAAGUGGGCGCUGCCAAAGCCUGCAUGAGAACGAUCUGCUCUUUCAUCUGACCCAUCUUUUUUCCUUGUGUCCUAGAAAUACUACCCUCCAGACUUUGAUCCAUCUAAGAUCCCCAAGCUUAAACUUCCAAAGGACAGGCAGUAUGUGGUCCGACUGAUGGCACCUUUCAACAUGCGGUAAGGAAGAAUGUUGCGCAAGACCCUUUCCCCCCGCCCCUGAGAAUUUUUGGGCCUUAUUGGCUCAGUUACAUCGCCAGAGCUUUCUGUGUGAAAUGAUUUAGUUGUGUGGAACCUAAAAAGAUUUCAUUUGAGAUAUAAUAACGAAGAAUAAAGAACCAGAUGUGAACAUGAGAAUUGAGAUUACAGUUUCUGGUCUAAUAAUAAUAAUAAUAAUAAUAAUAAUUGAUUACUUAUACCCCACUCAUCUGGCCAGGCCUCCCCAGCCACUCUGGGCGGCUUCCAACAGGAUAUUAAAAACACAAUAAAACAUCAGGCAUUAAAAACUUUCCUAAACAGGGAAGCAAUACAAGGGUUAUAAUACUCACAGCAAUCUGUGCAGAUUUACGUUUUCUUGUACCUUAUUACAUCAAUACACACACGGUACUGCAUUUUUCAGUGAAAACAUUGCCAGGCUCUCUUCUUUCCUUUACUCUUACCAUACUUGUAUGUUUAACCAUAUUUACAAUAUCCUAGUCUUAGUUAUCUAUUCCUCCAAAGCUGGCAUUCUUAAUUUUUUUGCCCCCAAUAUUAAGUAAUAGUCAUCCUAGCAUCUUGUUCUCAUACUGGCCACCCAGAGGCCCCAAUAAGAAGAAGCAACUGUUUAAACUCUCUAGGUGCAAGACCUGCGGCGAGUACAUCUACAAAGGAAAGAAGUUCAACGCCCGGAAGGAGACGGUCCAGAAUGAGUCUUACCUGGGGCUUCCCAUCUUCCGGUUUUAUAUCAAAUGCACCCGCUGCCUGGCAGAAAUCACCUUCAAGGUACGAGCUGUCUUCAUCCUUCUUUUUCCCCAGUGCAGCUGAAAAACAAAUAAUGGAAAGACACCAUUUGAUGCAUCAAAGCAAUAGCAAAUUGGAAGCACGGUCAGUGGGAAAGCAUUCCUCACUAACUGCAGGUUCUGGGUCAAGCACAAGGGAACCCCAAACUGAGUGGCAUUGCAGUGAUCCAGCCUUGAGGUAACCAGUGCAUGAUGGAGAAGAAAGUCCUUGUCCUUGAGGUGUGUUGAUCAUGCAUUCCUUAGCACAGGGUAAUUACAGGUAUCUCCCCACAUAUGCAGAGGUUACAUUCUGGGCUCCUGCAGAUAAGCAAACGCCCUCUAAACACCCUCUCUGCUGCUCUUUCUCCAAUCUGGACCAAAAAUACUGUAUCCAGAAAUUGUGGAUAAUUAGAAUUGAAGCUCUGGGGCCUGCAGGAGGCAGGGAGGCUGAGCGGUUUAAACAAAGCCCCACUGUGUCUCCAGACUUUUGUGGCUUCUUCCACCCUCACUGAUGUUCUCUUCGGGCUCUGGGGAGGGUCUCCUUGCAAACCACAUGGACUCUCCAGUGCUCUCCUGCCAUUUCCAGCUUUGAAUCAAAUUAUUUAUUUCCCUGUACCGCUUGUAUAUGCAGUUGCGUGUGAGUUAAUCGCGCGUAAGUGGAAGGACACCUGUAGAGCCAAAAGAAUUGGCUUUGUGAUUCUGCCUCCCUGCUAUGCAUCCUAAAUAAAUUGGCAGGGUUUGAUUAUUUGUGUUCCUUUAGCUAAGCAUGGCUCAAGACACCUUGGGCAAAUAAAGUUUUUUGUUUAGUAAGAACGUAACAAGAGUCCUGCUGGGUCAGACCCCAAAGGUCCCUCAUCUAGUCCAGCAUCUUUCUUUCCUCAGUGGACAGACAGAUGAGGGCUUGAAGGCCAGAGCCUCUCCUGCUGCGAAGAACGAAGCAGCAGCUGCGGGAUCAGGCUUAGCCCAGCAUGCUGUCCUCACAGUGGCCAGCCGUGCACUCACGGUACACUCCCUGACUAGCAGUCAUGCGCAGGCCAGGAGCAACUCGGCCUGUGGGUCUCCCACUAAAAUAGCUCCCUCUUGCUUCCUGUGUCCCCGUCAGACAGACCCCGAGAACACAGACUACGCCAUGGAGCACGGGGCCACGCGGAACUUCCAGGCCGAGAAGCUACUGGAGGAAGAGGAGAAGCGCCUGCAGAAAGAGAGAGAGGAUGAAGAGCUGAACAACCCAAUGAAGGUAUUUUCCACCAGUCCGACGAGGGAAACCUUCCCUUUCAUUUAAGCUCCUCUUCAUUAAUUGCUGUAGGUUGCUUUGAGUUAAUUUGGUUAAACUAGUUAGUUUAAUUGAGUGAGUGUAAGAAUAACAAAGUAAUAAAAAUAUAUGUUCCUGCUUUACCCCGAAGGUUUUGGAGAACAGGACCAAGGACUCCAAGUUGGAGAUGGAAGUUCUGGAGAACCUCCAGGAGCUGAAGGAGCUGAACCAGCGCCAGGCCCACGUGGACUUUGAGUCCAUGCUGCAGCAGUACAAAGACUAUGAGGAGCAGCAGAAAGAGCGGGAGCUGGAGGAGGACGAGCAGGAGACAAAGUGAGAGCCAGGGCUGCCUCACAUACACCAAAGCGUGUGUGUGAAUGUUUUAUUGCUAACUAGGGGCUGCUACCCCGCUUGCUUUGCUUGCCUAACCCUCUCCUUCCCCUUAGAGCUUGCCAGAAGCAUGAUGAUGUUUGUUUAUACCCUGCCCAUUGGCUGGGUUUCCCCAGUCACUCUGGACAGCUUACAGCAUAUAUAAAAACUUAGUAAAACUGCCCCUCCCACCCCCGCUUAUCAUUUCCCCUGCCAGGCCUGCCCCCACGUUGGAGCUGCAGAUGAGAAGGGCAGGGAGAACUGCAAAAAGCUUAAACCUUCUCAUGCCGCCCUGGCCAUCGUGCCACCUCUUCUGGCAGUCUUGUUCCUUCCUGUGCUCCUCCUCCUGAUGGAACAGCUCUUCUUCCUAAUUUGCUGGGUGGCAGCAGCAGCAGGAGCAGGUCCCUGAGCUGGCCCGGGAGGAGGGAGGUGGCUGAUAGUAUCACCAGCCAGUUGUGUUGCUGGUCAGCUAGACAAACUGGAUCCUGGAGGCAGGGGCCCUGGCGCUGGGAGACUGAGAAGCCAAUGGAGUUUGUGGACAGCUGCAGCCCAUCUGCAGUUUGCCUGGGCUUCCUAUCCACUGCUUCCUGUCACACUGUCGGUCAGGGUUUCCCAGACUUGGAUCUCCAGCUGCUUUUGGACUGCGAUUCCCAUAAUCCCAGACCACUGGUCCUGCUGACUAGGGAUGAUGGGAGUUGAGACCCAAGUUUGGGAAGCCCUGCUGUAGCUCAUCGUGCCACCUGCCUGUGGCCAACUAGCUAGCAGCAUGCCUACAUUUUUACAUGUUUAUUACAUAGUAAAAUUUAGAAUUGCUUUCCACCCCCUACUCCCUGAACCCUGGUUUCCUUUGACAAAAUCUUUCCCUUAGAGCAGCUAGCAGCAAUCUGAAAUUUUUGGGCACAAUGAGCUAACCUGCUACAUUCCUGGGUUCUGCCCGCUUGUAUGUCACCCUGCCAGAACUAUGCUGGAACAAGCUCAGAGCAGGAGGCUGCUACAAGACUCUGAUUCAGAGGACGAGGACUCUGCUUCACGUCCUGCUAAGCCGUUUGCAAAAGCGAAGCCUACAGACAUCCUGCAAGAGGUAUUGUGCGGAGAGGACUGUCCCACCACAGACAGGUGCAUCCCUGAGAUGCCAGCUGCCUUGAGAGACGUACCCCCACCCCACCCCCUGAGCCCCAGGUCACUGGUCUUGUCUCUAUUGCAUUGCUAGUGAUGAGUUCAAACUUGGCACCUCUGCCUGCCCACACCAUGCAAAAGGGAAUUCCCCUCCCAAUCUCGGGCAUCACCUUGAUUUUAGGGUGUGUUUACAGCAGCAGGAGGAAAACAGCUAGAUCAUGACUGCUGAGGCAGAUGCAGCCAGAAUAGUGUGGAUUGCUGAACAAUAGCUACAUCUUUAUGUGUGGUCUGGAGGCUCCAUCUGGUGGAAAACACUGCAGCUGGAGUGUUGAUGGGGACAGACUCAGGUGCUCCAAAGCUUGCACUGGCUGCCCCUUUGCUACCAGGCCAGGUGGAAGGUUCCUGUAUUAAUUUACACGGCCUUUAACAAUUUGAGUCUAUCUAAUAAUAAUAAUAAUAAUUUAUUAUUUAUACCCUGCCCAUCUGGCUGGGUUUCCCCAGCCACUCUGGGCGGCUUCCAACCGAAUAUUAAAAACAAUACAGAAUCAAACAUUAAAAACUUCCCUAAACAGGGCUGCCUUCGGUUGUAUUUUAAAAGUAAAAUAGUUGCUUAUUGCCUUGACAUCUGAUGGGAGGGUAUUCCACAGGGCAGGCACCACUGCCGAGAAGGCCCACUGCCUGGUUCCCUGUAACCUCACUUCUUGCAAUGAGGGAACUGCCAGAAGGCCCUCGGCGCUGGACCUCAGUGUCCGGGCAAAACGAUGGGGGUGGAGACGCUCCUUCAGGAAUACAGGACCAAGGCCGUUUAGGGCUUUCAAGGUCAGCACCAACACUUUGAAUUGUGCUCGGAAAUGUCCUGGGGUUUCCCAGUGCCUCCAGGUGCGCCUCAUCAGACUGUGUUAGUGGUCUCCCUUGACACAGAUGCUUGGCUUGGAUCCGCCAGGAGCCCAGGCACCCAUAAGCACAUAAAAAGACACAAGGAGGAUCCGAGCUCAAGAGCACUCUCCUCUCUUGCCGUUUCCAGCAGUGGGAUCUGUAUUUGGGGCCUAAUCUUACGGGAACUUCCAGUUGAGGUUUUUGAACUUCCAGCACUUACUGAAGGCUUUUCAUUCCAUCAGGAACUUCAGUCACAUUCAGAUUUUAUAGUUUUCAUUUUUGAUCUUACUGCAUUGGGCAUCUGGUCCAGUGCUUAGAGCCAGCUGUGACAAAACAGUAUUGAAUUGUCGAAAGAAAUAAAUGACCUCCCAUCAUUGGCUGUGCUUGCUGGGGGUGUUGGGAGUUGUAGUUCACUGAUACCUGGCAGAGUAGAGGGUUCCCUGCACCUGGUGCAUUCAGUUAUUCUCUGGGUGGAAGAAAACAAAGAUGACUUACUAUACAUGCAUAAUUUUAAAGUUUAUAUUUGUGCCAACCACAAUUGCAGAGUUGAGCAGAUAGGUUGCGGGAGUUGUUAGCCUUUUAACCCCCAGCGUGCAACACAAAAUCUUAUUGUUCUCCCCUGUCCCAUCCCGCCCCCCGGCCUCAUCUCAGGACUCGGAGCCUCAAGCAAAGAAGCUGAAGGUGGAAAGCUGGGAGAGGAGCAUCGGGAAACUCUCAAGCAAGGUCAAACUGUCUGGGCUGGUGACUGCCAAGAGGAAGCCAGUUAGUAGUGUGGCCAAUGGAGCAGACAGUGGAGAUGCACCGCCAGGCGCAGGUAACGGAGGGGGUGGAGAGUUAUAAGUAUUUCUCUCUCUCUCUCUCUCUCUCUCUCUCUCUCUCUCACACUCUCACACACACACACACACACACACACACACACACAGCCAUGUCAACUAGUUCCUUUAUUAGGCUGACCAAAGUGUUACAAAAUAGUGGGCAAGGUUUUCGGGUUCUCUUCCAUCAGAUUUGAUGGUAAACUUAGGUUCUAGGGAGUAAUUGACUGGUGUCAAAACCCUAAGACCCUGCAUUUCAUCACAGUCGUGGGUGGAAGCCACAGAAGCUAAGAUAAGCUUCUGUUAGCUGCUUCGCAGGUUUUACAUUGCCCCAAGGACUAAUGGGAUGAUGAUAAUAAUAGUAACUUUAUUAUUUGUGCCCCAGCCACUCAAGGCAGCUUCCAACAAAUAUAAAAGCAUAACAAAACAUCAAACAUUAAAAACUUCCCAAUGCAGGGUUGCCUUCAGUUGUCUUCUAAAAGUCAUUUAGUUGUUUGUCUCCUUGACAUCUGAUGGUAGGGUGUUCCACAGGGCGGGCACCACUACCAAGAUAGCCCUCUGCCUGGUUCCCUGUAACUUCUUUUAUCACAGGGAAGGGAAGACCCUCGGAGGCUGAACAAUGAGGGUGGAGAUGCUCCUUCAGGUAUACAGGGCCAAAGCCAUUUAGGGCUUUAAAGGUCAGCACCAACACUUUGAAUUGUGCUUGGAAAUGUACUGGGAUCAAUGUAGAUCCUUUAGGACUGGUGUUAUAUGAUCCCAUCAGCCGCUCCCAGUCACCAGUCUAGCAGCUGCUUUCUGGAUUAGUUGGAGUUUCCGAGUUGCCUUCCAAGAUAGCCCCACGUAGAGCACGUGGCAGUAGUCUUACAUGGCUUUCCAGGUAAGAAUGCCAGAGCCCGCUAGAUCAGGCCAGUGGCCCAUUAGUCCAGCCUCAUGUUCUCCCAGUGGCCCCCCAGAUUCCCAAAGGGAAAUCCGCAAGUAGGAUUUGAGCUCCAGUGUCGUGUCCCCAGCUGUGGUUUCCAGCAACUGGUAUUCAGAAGUAUUGCUGCCUCUGACUCUGGAAGUGGAGGAGAGUCUGUGUGGCUGGUAGCCGUUGAGAGUCAUAAAUUAAUCUAAGCCUCUUUUAGAGCCACCCAACUUGGUAUCCCUCACUGCCGUCUUGUGCCAUCUAGCUCUGCGCUGCGCCAAGAAGCUCUUCCUUCAGCUGUCCUGAAUCUUCCAGUCUUCAGCUUCAUUGGAUGUCCAUUGAAUGUUCCAAUAUUACAAGAGAGGGGGGAAAUGUGUCUCUACCUUUUUUGUGAACCUACCAAGUCCCAGACGCUGCAGCCUUUCCUUCCAGGAGAGUUACUCCAUCUCCUUUAUAUAUUUGGUGGCCCUUUUCAGAAGCUUUUCAAAUUCUACAACCUCCUUUCUGAGGAUACCGGAACUGUACACAGAAUUCCCAAGGUGGUUGCACCAUAGAUUUGAUAAUGGCCUCAUGAUGCUGGCAGUUCUUGUUUCCCGUUGCUGAACUGCAGCUCCCACCAUCCCUGAGUGUUGAGCAUGCUGGCUGUUGGAGCUGCUGGAAGUUGAGUCCAGCAGCAUCUGGAGGAUCCCCAUCCCUGAUCUAGAAUAUACUUUGAGGUCUCUGCCUCCCCAGCUUGUGCAAAACGUCAAACCUUUGCUUCUGUUUUGGCUGUUUCCAGGUGCUGGGAGUACAAGCAGCCCCUCUGGGGGGGCCCCUCUGGCUUCUGUCCCCAAAGCAGGAGCUUCCUCCCUCAGCCUUCUGGGAGCCUAUUCUGACAGCGAGGACAGCAAGAGCGACUGA